AUGUUCAUCAAACAGUCUGAAAAAAAUACACCUAAAUGCCUCUACAAAAAAAAAGGUAAGGUAAGAGUGUUAUUGACCGGAAGCUGUAAGAAACUGAACACGUGGAAAAUGCACUUAUGGCCAGUCAGUCCGCCCCAAUUGCUUAGAAUUCCACCCCGCAACGCCGAAUUAGGUGAGGGUACUAAAAUAGAUGAUUGCAAUAUUCUUCAAUCAAUGACACUACCCCAGGCCAAUGUUCUUAUCAUGCUAACCCCAACAAGAGUGCUCAUUUACAACUUCAAACCAAUGGCACUAGUAGCUAGCCAUGAACGAACAAUGGCUUCUCUUAAGGAAUUUGGCGAUAACAGAUCAAUGAAACGAUCAGCUCCAUAUAAUGAUAUCAUCGAAGGGCUUAUUUCAAAAAAGGACUCGCAAUACUUAUUGUGGCACCAGGGAAAGCUGAUAUUUUACGUAAUGACUGAUAAAAACUUCCUUUUAACAUACCAAAUUUUAAAAAACUGCACAAAUGAAAUAAUUUUCAAAGAAUACGGCAUACCCGUCAUAGAGCCUCUUUUAAUGAGUGAAGAAGAAGCGAACAGUGCUGAAUAUGACUAUAACAACGAUGAUGAUACUCUCACGGUAUUUGAUAAAAAUAGUUCUUCAAGAAUUAUACAGAAUGGAUUUGGCAUAACUAAGGAAAAAGGGUUUUUACACUUUCUUUCUAAUCAAGAAAACAUUGAUGAACUCCCCGUGAAAAAACUAGAACUUCGUUUAAAAGUAGUUCUUAAAUUUGACUAUGAAAUCAUAGACAUGAUUGGCAUCAAGACAUUUUCCAAAGUCGGGGAUGGGCGUUAUGAAGAAGUUUUGAUAGUUUUAUUCCCUCAUGGAUUACAAAUACUUACAAUAUCGGAUUUUAAAGUUAGCAAGAGCUCGUUGGUUGAAGUGAAGAAGGGAUCCAAGACAAUUGUGUGUAAUAAACAAUUAAUGGUUUUAUCUCAUGAUUCCGUCGAAAAGCAGACUAUUGUAAGCAUUAUAGACAUUGAAAAGCAAGCUGUUGAAGCAAUACCGUUAACGGACACACCAGAUGAACUUUUGACUUGCCUAGAAGUUAAUGGAUACCUGGUGGUCGUUUACAAAGAAAAAAUAAUCUGCUUUGAUACAAGAAUUAAAAAAGUAAGCCAUUCUUGGAAACCACCAUUUGUGAUAAAACUUUGCGAUAAAAUUAAUGAUAAAAUAUUACUUUUGGUUUCUGAGGAUAGUGUUAACAUUCAUUUUUACACAGAAUUUGGGAAUCUGCUAUUCGCUACAUAUUUUGACGAAGAUGAUUAUAAUGGUGAUAACAAUAAUGACAACAGCAAGGAUAAAAAUGAGAAAAAGGCGGCUGAAUAUAAAAUUUCUGAUUUUGUAUGCUUGGAUAAAUCACUAAUAACAGUGUCUCAUUCCGGAAAAUAUCAAGUUUGGAAAUUAUGGGAAGAAAUAAAACAAACACAAUUUGAUUUCAGAAACCCAAAAUGUUACGUAUUAACCAAUACGAACAAUGAUGUAAUCAUAUAUUCACCUGUGACAAGUUCUUCAAUCAAUAAUGAUAAUUUACAAGUCAUAAAACUUCCUACAAAGACUUUCAAUAAUCAUAUUGCUUUUGUAAAAAUUAAUUCUUCCUUGAGGUUAUUUGCUACUUAUGUGUCGAACAAAAACAUACUGCUUAUCCACAAUCUAGAGACCAAUAUGUGGUCUAGUUUUGCUGACCAAAACGUGUUGGAUUUACAUUGGCUAGGUGAUAAUUAUUUGGUUUGUCAUAUGAAGAAUGAUGAUGGCUCAACAAAUCUGAAAUGUCUGCAGAUUCCACUGCAAGAAGCGAAUCCGGACGUGGAACUAUCAGAUUAUGUCAUGUGGGAAUACAAUGUUCCAGAGAAUACGAUUGUUUUCAGUUUACAUGUUAAUACUUUAUCCCGGUAUAAGUUGUUGAAAAUGAAAUCCAAGAAUCACAAUGCUUCUGAAAAACAACCUGAUGCAUUGCUUAAAACUGCCGAGAUUAUUUUAGUUACUGAUACACAGACAAUUGUCUUCGAUGUAAUUUCUACUGUACAUCCAUGUGGAUUAAACAUCAUCAAAAAAUUCUACCAGUAUCUCAAAAUUAACAUUCCAAUUGAUGUUUUACCCAACAAAAUUGAGUGGAUAAUUAACAUGAAGGAGGGCUUGUUAUUUUUUGCCGAUAGGAAAUUUAUAAAGCUUGGCAAAGUGGAUGGAGGGGGCUGGCAAACCUUAACUUUGUUGGAUAACAUAGAAAAAAUAAUCGAUGUUAUCAGGGACGAAAUAUUUGUAGUUCAAGGCCAUAAUUACGUCGUAUACUCUUUGGAAGAUUUAUGGGAUGAUAAAAAGCCACUAGUUUCCAUUCCAAUCGAAGAAGAUUUGUAUCCAAUAUCAACCACCCCAGAAACAGCUACAACACAUACACUUCACUGCAUUUUUAACGCGCGAUUUUCCAAAUUGGUGGUGAAACACCAAAUAUACCUCGACCAAUUAAUCUUAGCCAAAUUAGAAGACAACACAGAUUUGGAGGAUAUUUCACACAAUUAUCGUUUUUUAAAGCCUUACAAAUUUGCACUCGAAAAGAUUUUGUCUACUAAAAUACUGCGAAGCGACUCUUUGGAUGAUAUCCUGAAAUUAAUUAAGAUGUAUGACAACACCGAUCCUGAGCAUAAUAUUUCACCACCAACCCACAGUGGUAUGUUAGAAAUUAUUAGUAAUUGUUUAAGGAAGAUCGAAACUAAAUACUGGAACCAUCUAUUCACUAAUCUAAAGAUGACACCAAGAGAUUUAUUAGCACUCUGUAUCGAAGAAAAUGAGGCUAAAAUGCUUGGCGUACUUCUGUUAGUGUUUUUAAAUUACGAUGAGAAAGAUUUGGGAGAUGAUCUACAUUUUAAGAAAUCAGAUUUAGGGACUGAGGAAAGCAAAGCUCUAAAUGAUAACUCUACAAAAAAGUCAGAGAAAUCUGUCACUAAUUUAUUGAAGGAUGAAGAAUUAAUGCUUAAAGUCUUAGAGCUUUUGGUGACAAGUGCUGCAAACGCCACAGACCCAAUUAAAGCUACCGAUUCGUGGGACAUGUGUUUCCAAUUAAUACGCUUACUCAAGGAAUUAGACAGAGAAAACAACACACAAUUGGUUCAAAAAGCACUCGAGAGAUUCAAAUAA